GAACGACGCAGAUUGAUAACAGUACUGAAGGACACAGGCGAACUUAAAAGCGCGUUUUCUGCACGUGAACGCAUAGACGAGGCAGAGACAAUCGUGGACCGUUCAUCAACUGUCAGGUGAUACUUUAAGUUUAAAAUCACCCAUACAGCUGCUAGGUAAAUUCCACUAUGAACAUUAAGUUCUGGCCUGCAUGGAUGAAUGCAGCUGUGUUCCUGUGUUCACUCCACGCUGUACUUCUCGCAAGUGUCCGAGACGGGGGGAAAGGCAUUUCAUCGAAGGCGGCUCAAGUGGAACGUGGAGAAAAGAAGCUAGCUACCGAGAAAGACAUAGUCAUGAAGUACUUAGGCAUGGAUGCUUUAAGCGCUCCUAAAAGAGUCCUCAGGAGCAUCACAAUCAACGGCCCUAGCACUAGUCUGGUCCAGCACAGGGCCCUUGUAAAUAACGACACGGCGAUAUACCUCCGCGUCCAGAACUACAACGAGCACCUCGACCGGGCCAAAAGUUCGCGACGAGAGGAUUUCUGCACCGCGCUAUUCGAAGUCGCCGGUUACACAACAAAGCUCUGUCUCGCAUUGGAGAGCACCGGCAACCGUGUGUGGUUGGCACCAACGUUUCAGAUCUGUCCAGGUCCCCAAGACUCUGGUUUGCAGUGGCCGUUCAGCUUGUCUUAUACUUUCAUCUUCGUCCACCCCCAAGUGACGACGUACGACAUGAAGAUCGGAAGCCAGAUAACGAAUUUCGAGCAACGCAAUCAACAAAAACCAAAGGGGCAGUGCAAUAAACCCAUAGGACACAUGAAAUUAGGGCAGGGCAUUGCCGGACAGUUUGUGAGAAACGACACCAUCGCUAUCGGUCUGGUGUUUCACCCUAACGUUUGAGCGAAACGGAUUAGUGAAGUCAUUUUGUCUAGUAUGUUUUUGUUUUCCUUCCUUUACUAAAACACAGAUUUAGAGAAAAAAUUGCUGUAGAGGAGUAACACUUUCUACUGACCAAAAAAACAAACUGUUAUUUUUGUGAUUGACUAAAAUGAACUCUUAUCUGCUGCAGGUAACCGUAAAAAGCGUAGUCGUACGUCAAAAGAUGGAGCAUUAUUUCGGUGUGACGUAAUGUAGCAGUAUUAAUCAUAGUUGAUGUUGUCAUAUUGUUCUUGUUUUAUGUGUAUGAAUUACGCGCUCAAGACUUGGUUCCAACAAUGUCCGUUAAAGUUAUUGGAGGUCUGGGCCAAUUUCACGCCAGAUCAGGCAGUGAGGUCCCACCUACCUCUUGGAAUUUCAUGUUUCAUAUAGAUUUAGAAGCUCACCGUAUAUCAUGAUACGCAGUAGUAAAAUGAAUUGUUUUCACAGAAUAAAUCUUGUAAAAAAAACUGAA